CCGGCGGGCUGGUUUCUGUCGGCUAAUGGAGGCCUCUCACCGAUGCAGGCCCUCUAUAAAGCCUUCCUGGGUUUCCCUGUGUCUUCUGUCCGUGGUUAUGAGUGCGUGUGCUUGUCCUAACGUCUGUCACUGCACGGACAGGAACGGUGUGGUGGUGCAGUGCACCUCGAGCAACCUGGAGGACAUCCCAUCCAACUUGCCCACGGACACUGUUGUUCUCUUGCUUUCGUCCAAUCAGAUCAAACACAUCCCAAAGGAGACUUUCACAGACCUCUCCCGCCUCAGGGAACUGGACUUAUCUCACAACGCCAUUGACAGCGUGGAGGUCGGCGCCUUCCAAGGGAUCUCCGAGAGCCUGCGGACCUUGGAUCUGUCCAACAACCACCUCAGCAGCCUGCCCAGAGACACCUUGGCCAAGCUGCACGCCCGCGUCCGACUGUCCCACAACCCCUGGCACUGUGACUGCUCUCUGCAGGAGGUGCUGCGGGAGCUGAGGCUCGACCCCGAGACGGUGAACGAGGUCAGCUGCUUCACCGCCGUGCAGGAGGAGUACGUGGGACAACCGGUCAUCAAAGUCCUGGACUCGGGGAUCAACUUUUGCAAUUUCCACCACAAGACGACAGACGUGGCCAUGUUUGUGGCCAUGUUCUGCUGGUUCUCCAUGGUGACGGCUUACAUCAUUUACUACAUCAAACACAACCAGGAGGACGCCAGGAGGCACAUGGAGUACCUCAAGUCCCUGCCCAGCACUUCCCACAUUAGCAAGGACUACGACACAGCCAGCAGUGGCUUCUAGUCUCCACAAAGAUGCACCCGUGAAUCUGCCAAGGACUAUGUUUAGGGCACAUAUAGGAAACAAUGAUAGGUGCUGGAUGAUACACACUGCACAAGAUCUCGAGUCUUUAAAAGCUACAAAAUAAAACUAACCUCAGACGUGGGACGAGCAGGCAGCAGGAACAGUCUUGAUUUCUUUUCCUUGUAUGAUAACAAAAAGGUGGAUAAUUACAGGUGUCACUCAGUCUCAUGUAUAAUGCAUAAAGCCUCUCUAAAAGGUAAACUUGGCCAAAACCCCCUAACCGUUUUGCAUAUUUUGUGCUUUGCAGUGAAUGUGGUGGACCUGAGAACCACUGUCAGAGUUCAGGGAAAUGACUUUAAAACGAUUCUCCCCACAGGUUCACAGCAGAAAACUCGUAGAAUCAUUUUAAAUUGUUUUUGUGAGAGUGUAGGAAAAGCUAACAUUUUGAUGCAUUACGUGUUAAACUCCCUUUCAAGACAAGUGUAUGCUUUUAUCUUAAUGUAAAACAGUUUUGUUUAUUUAAUAAUCCAUGAAGGAUCUAAGCCAGUACUGCAGGUUUGGUGGCCC